AUGUUUACUGCCAUUCGUUCUGCUGCAUCUUCUCGCGUUGUUUCCCGCGCCUUUUCGACCAGUGCUUCCCGCGCAGAUGUCGCGAAACUCACGCUCGUUGGACGUUUGGGACGCGAUCCCGAGGUGAAGCAGACAAAGAAUGAUAAUGAAUAUGUUACAUACGUAGUUGCUACCUCGAGCUUUAAUCCUGGUCCUGUCGACGCGAAUGGUGAGAGACCCCCACCAAGAACAAGCUGGCACCGGGUUCUCUCUUUCCACGAAGCUUCCAACAAGUACCUUCAGACCUUGAAAAAGGGAGCUCUUGUCUAUGUAGAAGCAGGUUAUGAGUUGAGAGAGCCAGAGCCUGAAGCCGACCCCACAACUCCCGCUGGACAGCGACAAAUUUUCCUUCGACAUGAAACCAUCCGUGUCCUGUCCCACCCAAAAUCAUCUGAGCAAGAAGAAACAUGA